ACUAUGGACCAAUGCAACUGUUUGGAAUGCUCUCUCUCUCUCUCUGGUCAGAAACAAUUUUGAAAAACACCAAAAUCCGACAUAAGUAGUUUGUCUGGUCUUAAAACAAGAACAAGAGUGGAUGCUCUCUCUCUCUCUCUGGUCAGAAUCAUUAGUGGGCCGCACAACUCCCAUCUCCAUUUCUAGUCCCCCCACCCAUUACCUGCAGUGCAGGCCGUGUGGUGACCAAAAUCCCCAGAUUGCCCCUCUUCGUUAUUCUUAAAACUCGUGCAUGUUCCAACUUUUUGUUGAAGAAGAAGAAAAGGGCAUGAGUCAGAUGUUUUUCUGUUAGAAUCAAGGCUUUUUGGAUAGUGUGACAGAUUCAGUUCAGAUGUUCCAGUAACAAAUGGGGAAGAGAAGGUCCUUGUUUUCUGCAUUGAAGAAAGCUCUCGCUUGUGAAUCCAAACAAAAUCAAGGAAAGAGCACUAGGAAAAAAAGAGGAUGUUUCCGGAGGCAACAGAGCGUAAAUCAGGAGGCGUCCAGCGCAGAGAAGGCCAUAGUCCUUCAAGCAAGUCCACCUCCAACUCCAAGGGAGGAGGUGAAGUUGCUCGAAGCAGAGAGCGAACAGAAUAGGCACGCCUAUUCUGUUGCUCUCGUGACUGCCAUGGCUGCUGAAGCUGCCGUUGCAGCAGCUAAUGCUGCUGCAGAGGUUGUGCGCCUCAGAGCUGCAGCGUAUAGCUCAGGCAAGACAAAGGAAGAGAUAGCUUCCAUCAAGAUCCAGGCAGCUUUCCGAGGUUACAUGGCAAGGAGAGUGUUGAGAGCUCUGAGAGGCCUCGUGAGGCUGAAAUCUGUGGUGGGAGGGAAGUCAGUCGAGCGCCAAGCAGCAGCGAGCUUGAAGUGUAUGCAGACGAUGGCUCGUCUACAAUCUGAGAUUCGUGCAAGGCGAAUCAGAUUGUUGGAGGAGAAUCCGUCCGUUCUUAAACAGAGGCCUAACGAUGAUCUUGAGAAGUCGAGGGCGUUGAAAGGAGAUAACUGGGAUCAAAGUUCGCGAUCUAAAGAGCAGAUUGAGGCAGACAAGCAUUAUAGGAAAGAAGCUGCUAUGAGGAGAGAGAGGGCCUUAGCUUAUGCAUAUUCACAUCAGACAUUUAGGAAUCCCUCGGAUUCCACGAACGAAAUGCUCGUGGAUCCGAGCAAUCCCGGAUGGGGAUGGAGCUGGUUGGAGAGGUGGAUGGCUGGGCGGCCAUGGGAAAAGGGCGAUUUGGUUGAGUACAAAGCCUGCAACGGCCUCGUAGCAGUAGCGAAGGCCUCGGGCCGUGCUGGAGCUCUUCGUGGAGACACAAAGGCUCAGUCUCCGACUGCCCAGGGAGGCAGUCGGCCUCCCAGCAGGCAGUCGCCCUCGACUCCCAAGUCGAAGGCUGGAGGUAGAAUUCGGCCUCCAAGCCCAAGGGGGGUUAUUAGCACGGAUGAUGACUCGAGGAGCUUGAAUAGCACUCAAUCCGAGCAAUGCCGGAGGCGUAGUAGCUAUGCGGGCUCGUCGUUGAGAGACGACGAGAGCCUUGCUAGCUCACCUGCGGUUCCGGGCUACAUGGCCUACACAGAGUCAGCACGGGCUAGGUCACGGUUGCCUAGCCCGCAGGGGUCGGAGACAGCCGGUUCUGCAAAGAAACGGUUGUCUUUCUCCGGAUCCCCUGUGCGACCUAAGAGGCAUUCGACUCCCACGAAGACCGGUGCUAGUCCUUAAACGGCAUCACUUAAAAAUCGCAGUUGCUUUGGCGGCCGGAGACUUAACAAACAUCGGUAUGCGACGACUACUGUAAUUGGUUUUGGUUUUCCUCCAUAUGAGUGUGCAAGUGUUGUUACCAACUCCACCCAUAACUGUGUGUAUCUUUGUGAAUUGAUUUGUGUUGUUUCACUUAGUUUGUGUGAGUAAAAUUCGACUUAUUUAUGCGUUGCAUGUAGAAUGUAGAGCUUUUGAUUGUGAAUUUUGUGCAAUAAACCUGCAAAUUGUUUCUAAA